CCAUUAGCUAUUUCCGUGUUGAAAGCGGGAGGUAGGGCCUCAUUCACGGGGGGAUUGUGCCCCAUGGAAAGUAGGACGGGGCAUAGGGUGUGGGGCAGAUCCAAGUGCAUGCUGGGAAAUACAAUAAAUUCUCUGCAGUCGGCGGCUCCCCCCGCUGAGCCGUAGGUGAGGCGGGGUACUGCUCCCUCCCGCCCUGACUUUGAACCCAGGCGAUCGGCGCGGGACGGGGAAUGGAGUGUGUGCUCCGGCCCUGCAGGGCUGAAGACUGCGCGGAGGUCGUGCGGAUGAUAAAGGAGCUGGCAGAGUUUGAGAAGCUCCCGGACCAGGUAGAAAUCAGCGACCAAGUGCUCCGGGAAGACGGUUUCGCCAACGACCCUUUCUACAGAUGUCUGGUGGCGGAGGUCCCACCCGAGCACCGGAGUCGAGACGGACACACCGUCGUGGGGUACGGCCUCUAUUUCUUCACCUACAGUACCUGGAAAGGCAGGAACAUCUACAUGGAAGACCUGUACGUCAUGCCUGAGUUCAGAGGUAAAGGCAUUGGCAAGAAGCUUAUGAGUAAAAUUGCAGAGAUCGGCGUGGAGAACAGAUGCUCCCAGAUGAAGUUUGUGGUGCUGGACUGGAAUCGAGCGGCCAUCGACUUCUACCAGGGCCACGGGGCGGUGGACCUCACGGCCGCCGAGGGCUGGCACUUCUUCCACCUCGAAGGAGAUGCCCUGAAGCAGCUAGCGCGGGGGCAGCUGGGACAGUGACGUGGCCACCGGCCCCCACUCCCCUCCCAGAGCCGGGGAGAGAACCCAGGAGUCUGGGAUCCCACUCCUCUGCUGGAAACCUUCAUAGAUGCUCCUGUAAAAUGCCUUUCUGCUGAUCGAUUUCUUGGGGGGCGGUUUCAGGGUCAGGCAAAGCUGUGGGAAUGAGGAUGGUGGGAGGGCCAAGCCCCCCAGCUGCGGGGAGGUCUCUAGAUCCACUGGGAUCCUGUCUCCCAGCAAGCCCCAGCCUCUAGAAUAAAACCAUGGGGAACAAA